AUGCAUACGACUUUCUUGAUUGGUUCUGCACUGUUUUCACGCAGCCUUGCGGCUAUCCUCACACCAUCAGCUGCUGCGUCGGAUCCAACUAUCACUCCUGGCCCAGAGAUCGAGCUUUUGAGAAAGCAGAAUGACGACCGGUAUAUGGGGUGGCUGUCCUACGACGGUGUCUGGUCGACUCAACGGUGUGACGCAGGCGCUACCUACUUCCAGACCGGCGGCCACUGGAGAUGUUGCGCAACGACAGCCGCUGGCUGCGAUAUACCUCAGGCCUGUGUGAAUGGAAACUUGGUCUACAGUAUCAGCAGCACAGCUCUAACAAUCCCAUGUACCUCUGCCUACUCUGCUUUGACAGAUAGAUCAUUCACUGUCUGCAACACUGCUUUCAUGUACGAGAACCAGCAGGACUCAAGCCCUCAGACCAAUGUGAACUGCGGUGUCAGUAGCCUCAACUGGUCAUACUACCGUGUGCAGCCCGAGGACGCGAAGACCACAUCCGCAUCCUCCGCUCCUCGAUCCACCACAGCGGCAAUUACCUCAGACGGCAGUGGCGACAACGCGCCUGCGAACCCAACGCUCAUCCCACAAGCCACAAAGAAGAAAUCUUCCAGCAAAGCCUGGAUAGCCGGCGUCGUCGUCGGUCCCAUCAUCGGCCUCGCACUCAUCGGCUUCCUGGCCUGGUUCUGCAUCCGGCGCAGAAAGCGCUCCAACACCACUGCCACCGCCGCAGCACCACCACCAAGCACCUACAACACGCAUCCCCAGCCCGUAGCACCCACCGGCCCCGCUUCACCACCGCAGUACUACCCGCCGCCCAUGCAGCAAACACAAGCAGCCAGCACAGUACCCUUUGGCGUCGCCGACGCAAAAUACACCCCCCAAUCACCCACCAGCCCGGUUCCCAGCCCGCCGGCCACGUACGGCACACAACCGCAAUGGCCACAGCAGGGCGGCCACGCGGGACCGGGUCAGCCCGUGUACAACGCCCCCAGCCCGAGUAUGAGCCCCCCACCGCAGGGCGCAUAUGCGGAGAACAGCACGCCCUAUCAGCAGCCACAGGCCCAUGAGGCAAGGCCGUUUUCUAGUGAAUUGGAUGGGAGUUCACAGGUGUUGCCCAAGCAUUCCUGA